AUGCAGGUGAAGAAGCAAAGGGACUCGGACCGGAGCGGCGGGGACAUGCUGGAAGCAGACGGUCCCCGCAAAAACUCCUCGUGCUUCUCAAAUAUCAAGAUAUUCUUAAUAUCGGAAUGCGCCCUAAUGUUGGCACAGGGCACCGUCGGAGCAUACCUGGUGAGUGUGCUGACCACCCUGGAGCGGCGGUUCAACCUACAGAGUGCUGACGUCGGAGUGAUAGCCAGCAGCUUUGAGAUAGGCAACCUGGCACUUAUCCUGUUUGUCAGCUAUUUUGGGGCUAAAGCGCACCGGCCCCGUCUGAUCGGCUGCGGUGGCAUCGUCAUGGCACUCGGCGCUCUGCUCUCAGCUUUACCCGAGUUUCUAACAAAUCAGUAUGAGAUAGGGCAAGUGUGGAGGACUAAUGAGGGUCGGGAUUUUUGCUCCAAUAGUAACAGUUCAGAGGCUCAGCAAGCGGAGAAAAAUGUAUGCGACAACAAGGCCAACACCAACAUGAUGUACCUGCUGCUGAUCGGAGCCCAGGUCCUGCUGGGGAUUGGAGCCACGCCAGUGCAGCCCCUGGGGGUCUCCUAUAUCGAUGAUCACGUAAAGAAGAAAGACUCCUCACUCUAUAUAGGAAUCCUCUUCUCUACACUGGUGUUCGGACCUGCCUGCGGCUUCAUCCUUGGAUCGCUGUGCACUAAAUUCUAUGUGGACGCCAUCUUCAUUGACACCAGUAAACUGAACAUCACUCCAGAAGACCCGCGGUGGAUCGGGGCCUGGUGGGCAGGCUUCCUCCUGUGUGGUGCCUUACUCUUCUGCUCUGCUGUCUUGAUGUUUGGCUUCCCUCAGUCGCUGCCAGCAAGGGAGCAGGAGGAGGGAGCAGAUAGCGAGCAGGUUAUGCUUCCUCCCUCUCUGAGCUCAGACUGUGAGACUCCUAAGCCCAGCAACGGAGUCGUAGUUAACCAUGAGCCUGCCAAUAGCCCCACCUGCUGUCAGCAACUCAGGGUGAUCCCCACGGUGACCAAGCAACUCCUGUCGAACCCUGUGUUCACCUGCAUCGUCCUGGCGGCCUGUAUGGAGAUCGCCGUCGUAGCCGGCUUUGCAGCCUUUCUGGGGAAAUAUCUUGAGCAGCAGUUCAACCUCACCACCACCUCUGCAAAUCAGUUGUUAGGUAUGACAGCUAUUCCAUGUGCGUGUCUGGGGAUCUUCAUGGGUGGUCUGCUGGUGAAGAAGCUGAAUCUAUCAGCGCUGGGAGCAAUCCGAAUGGCCAUGCUGGUCAACCUGCUGUCCACCGCCUGCUACGUCUCCUUUCUGUUCCUUGGUUGUGAUACGGGUCCCGUCGCAGGAGUGACCAUCCCGUAUGGCAACAUGACCCUGCAGGCGAGCAGGAAACCAGAAGCUCAGUGCAACAGUCAAUGCAGCUGCUUCACCUCCUCCAUCAGCCCUGUGUGCGGCUCCAACGGCAUCACCUACCUGUCCGCCUGCCUCGCCGGCUGCAGCCGAACUGGGAUCCCCACAUCCAACAUUUCUCAGAAUCUGACCGGCUGCUCCUGUAUAUCCAACAACAGCGAAAGUGCCACGGCGGUUCCCGGGAAAUGCCCAAUGCCGGGAUGCCAGCAGUCUUUCCUCAUCUUCCUGUGCGUGAUUUGUGUCUGCAGCCUGGUCGGAGCCAUGGCCCAGACUCCCUCUGUCAUCAUCCUAAUCAGGACUGUGAGCCCUGAGCUGAAAUCAUACGCACUCGGUGUGCUGUUCCUUCUGCUGCGACUCCUCGGAUUCAUUCCCCCUCCUCUGAUUUUCGGUGCUGGGAUCGACUCCACUUGCCUUUUCUGGAGUUCGGACUGCGACAAGAAGGGUGCCUGUCUGUUGUACGACAACGCGAAUUACAGGCAUCUCUACGUGAGCCUGGCCAUCGUUCUCAAGGGUGUCGCCUUCCUCCUUUACACCACCACAUGGUAUUGCUUGCGGCGGAACUACAGGAAGUACAUCAAAAGUCACGAGGGCCACUUGACGCCAACUGAGUUUUACCCGUCCCUCACCGACGGCCCCAAAGUCGCCGACAGGACGAAGUUUAUAUACAACCUCGAGGACCACGAGUUUUGUGAAAAUAUGGAGUCUGUUUUAUAAUUUGUAAAGCAAAAAAAGGACAAUAUGGACAUUUAAAUGACUAUUUUAGGAAUGUAGUUUUUUCUUCUUUGUUAAAUUCAAGAGGUUUUGAUAAAGGCGAUCUAUUUUACGGCCCGUUGAGGUCCUCGGUGGCUCUCGACUGCGCUACACGUCCUCGGUAAAAUCAAAAGGGUCCAUUGUAGUUGUUUACAUCUGAGCGAGGUGUUGUCAGGUGUUGCCAGUGAGUUCCCGUGUUGACUCCGUGGUAGAAGACGAGCGCAGUACCGUCCCACUCAGUCCUAGUCUGUUAUUAGUGAGUGGACAUGAUGCUACUACAAACUAUAGUUGCCAUAUUGUUUUAGGUCCGUCACGAUUCCAGUGACAAUUUCCUUUCAGUCAGCACUGUGUGUUUUUGUUCCGUCACUCUUCAAAAUGACAUUUUUAUGGUUAAAAAAAAAAGUUUGGUUUGUUUUCCAGUUAUUCAUAUUUAUAAAAGUUGCCAAGUGUUUACAAACUACUAGUUGAUGCGUUUAAAUUUCACUGCAGGAAAUUUUCCUAUUGAAAAAUUAAAAAAAGAGAGAACAGAAACACCCUCACUGGGUUAUUUUAGUGGCCUGUUGGAUCUUUUAACUGCUCAGUUUCCUGUUCUCUUGCUGGAUCAUAGACACUGUUUUUUGAUACUUCUUAGACUAGACGUUGAGGUCUUGUCUUAUAGGUUGAAAUGUGCAAUGUUUCUUCAUGAUAGCAUUUCCAUGUCGUUUUUACUUUUCAGCCUAAUAUGUCUUAAUAAGGGAUAGUUUGAAUAAGAACUUUCUAUAUGUUUUCUUUUGGCUUUUGCACCCAGUGUCAAAGCAAAGGAAAUCAAAAGUAGUAUUUUUAUGUUGUUCAUCCUUCAAGUGGAAGGUUUGUUUUCAUUUGGCCCAGAAUGUUUUUAUUAGAUUGUUUUCGAGUAUAAAUUAUAUGUAAUCUAAUUGUCUGGGAUGUGUGUGUGUCUGAUGUUACAAAAGAUCUGGGACAAUUCAUAUCUAUGGUGUGUUACCUGUGUCUUCAAACUAGGCCUGUAAUAAGAUACAGAGGUUACAGAUGUGCUAAAGGAGACUGUGUGUACAAGGUUAAAUAAAGUUAAAGGGCACUGAAUUCAUAUCCAGGUGUGACUCACUGCACAUGUGACCUGUUACUCAGCUGAGCUCUCUGCAGUUACAGUUUGUCCCUUUUCUUAUACUUUUUGUAUGGCAGCAUAUUGUUUAUUUUACUCUGGAAAUAAAUUAUUUUUCAGAAAAUUCAUA